GAAGUUCUAUGGUGACAUCUCAUUCGUAGUGGUUGAAAACUGUGAAGCAUGUUGAAUUGAAAGAAAAUAUAAAGAAUUUAAAGGUUUUAAACUUAUAGAACGCUUAAUUCUUGAUAUUGAAGGAAUGUCAGUUGAAGAAUUAAUUUUAAUGAAGUGAAUUCAUAUCAUGGUUUUGGCCUGAACUUGUGCAUUGGAAUCUUACCAUGCUUUCAUUCAACAACAUGGUAUGUAAUGACUGUCCAUAUUGACAUUAUAGCGUGCUAAAAUUCGUUAGUUUUUCCGGAUAACGUUAGUUUUGAGUGUUUUGAAAAGUUAUCAUGUCCAUUGAAGCAGCACAAACCUCAAUGCAAGUUUUAUCACUUGGUGACAAGCCAGGGAAUAGUGAUAUGGCAGGAGCAUCAUAUGCAAAUGCUGUGUUGAAUUUCAAACAACCAACAAAUUCAAAGGAGGUUAAUGAGGAAGUAGUGCCUGAAAAGCCUGCAGCAUCCAGUGAGAAGAAGUCUGAAGCACCACCUUCAGUUGACAUUGACGAUAUAUCAUUCACACCUGUAGUCAGCCAUAGCAGGAGAGAAAGAAAAAAUGAUAAAUCCAGAAAGGAUAAACAAAAGCAAUACACUAGUUCUGAUAGAAAUGAAAGGAAUCCAGAUAAACAUUUUGAUAAACAUGCCAACAAACAUGAACCUCAAGUGAAGGAGCUUGCACAAUCAAAAGAUGACAAUGGCUCUAACAUUAAAAAAGUGUUUGUUGAAGCUCCUUUGCCUAAAGUUAAUGUCUGGAAAAUGAAGAGUGCAAGUAAAGAAGUUAAUCCUGAAAGAUCAGCCACACCUCCCCAAGGAGUAUCUUCACAAACCAGUGUUUCUCAGCCAAUCAAAAUGGCCAAACCUAAAGACAUAAAAAAUGUUAAGGCCCCUGAAUUUACGACAAACACUGCAGAUUGGCCAACUCUAGGAGAUCAAAGUGAAACACGAAGAUCAACUACUCCUCCAAAUGGUCAAACAUCAACUGAUCUCAAGGAAAAACCCUUAAAUGAUGAUAGUGAUGAAAAGAAAAGGAACUUUAAACACAAGUGGGUUCCUUUGCAGAUUGAUCUAACUAAAUCUAGAAGGAGGGACAGAUCCUCUUCCAGAAAAGAUAGAGGAGACACCCAUUCUACAGCAAGUGAAGGAGAUAGAGAUUGGCGAACAGAGAAAAGUAAUGGUGAUAGACGUAGACCAAUUCCUCAUGCAGCUAGAGGUAGAAGUAGAAACCGCAAUAAUACGAGGAAACCGCCUUUCAACCGUAAUAAUAAGCAUACAAAUGAAUUGGAAUAUUUUGAUUAUCCAGCAAAUUUCUCUGAGAUCAUUAAGUAUAAUACAAUGCCAGUUGAGGGGCAGAAUUUUAUGGUACCAUAUAUGGGAACUUACUUCUUCAACUCUAACAGCAACGCUGAAGUUUGCACUGUUCAGGAGUGUGUAACCAAACAGAUUGAAUACUACUUCAGCGAGGAGAAUCUUGCCAGAGACUUUUUCCUAAGAAGAAAAAUGGAUGCUGAUGGAUACCUACCCAUUGCUCUAAUUGCCUCUUUCCAACGGGUUCAGGCUUUAACUAGCGAUUAUGAUGUGAUUAUGGCAGCCAUAUUGGAUUCCGACAAGUUGGAAUUGGGAUCAGAAAUGAGGGUGCGUACCAAACAUGAUCCGACAAAAUGGCCAAUAAUAGACAUGAAUGGUGAAAGAAUUGAAGAAAGACUUCUACCCCCUCCGCCACUGCCGAAGAAGUUACGUGAACAGAAUAAUGAAAAUUUAAAUCCUAACGUUGCCGAAUUUAUUCCGUUUGAGAACAGUUCCAAGAAAGCAGGCUUCGGCAACAAUAAAAAUAACAAUAAGGAAAACAAAGUUAAUAGCAAUGAUCAAUGGGACAAAGUUACUAGAGAUGAAUCGACAAAAAACGGUGACGAUCGUGAAGCUUGGAAAGAAGUGAAAAGGAAAAACAAAGAAAAUAAUACUAAAGAAAAAAAAGAUACGAAACCAAAACUCAGGCGGGAGGAGGAUUAUGGGUUCAUGUUUUAUGAGGAUCUAGAUUUUGACGAUGAUGUACCGGCCGUUAGGCAAAACACAUUCUCUGAAAGCUUGAUAGACGAAGAUGAUGAUGACGACGAGAUCAGUGACCGUGAUAUCAAUAAAAUCCUGAUUUUCAAACAGAAUCCCAUAACGAUGAAUCCAUCUAACAGAGUUCCUAAACACGAAGGAUAUGAUCGUACUGGUGAUUUUACUACCAGGGUUAAAAUGACACAGGAGUUGGUUCAGAUUAUCAAUGACGGACUUUGCUUCUACGAGGAAGACCUCUGGAGUAGACAACGGACGACGUCUGUUGGUAGCUACAAAACUGUUAAUGUGAUUUCUCAGGAGGCAUUUGAAAAAAUGGUUCCUGCAGCUCCUAAGAAAUCGCAAAGUUCAGCUCCUCCGCCUCCUCUUACAGUUGAAAAUCAACGAAAAACAGAUGCACAGCCUGGUGCUGCUGCUACUGCCAGUACUUCUGGUACAUCAGGGGCGAACAGAGGAAAAGCUACCAGCAAUCUAAAGAAUGUACCACGUUUCUUCCCAGUUAUCAAAAACGAGUCAGGUCCAGAUCCCCAUACCCCUCGCAAACGCAAAACGAGACAUUCUAGUAAUCCCCCUGUUGAACAUCACGUUGGCUGGAUAAUGGACGUCAAGGAACAUCGCAAUAGAACAACUUCAGUUGGAAGCUACGGAACGAGUCCGAGUGAGCACGCUUCAACUAGCUGCAGUUUACCGAAGUUCCAACAUCCCUCCUAUUCCCUCAUGGAGACUCAGUUUUCGCAGGUUGCCUACAAUAAAUAUCGCAAUAAGUGUUUGAAGGAACGCAAGAAAUUCGGCAUCGGUAGAUCGCAAGAAAUGAACACUUUAUUCCGUUUCUGGUCCUUCUUCCUCAGGGAGAAAUUCAAUAGGAGCAUGUAUAACGAAUUCAGGGAUCUAGCUUUGGAGGAUGCUGAGCACGGUUGGAGGUACGGAUUGGAAUGUCUGUUCAGGUUUUAUUCGUACGGUUUGGAAAAGAAGUUCAGACCUCACUUGUACCAGGACUUCCAGCAACACACAUUGAAAGAUUUCGAAAAUGGCCAGUUGUAUGGUUUGGAGAAAUUCUGGGCAUUUUUGAAAUAUUAUAAGCAUAGCGGGGAUCUGCAGGUCGAUCCGCUUCUGAGAAAUCACUUGAAAAAAUACAAGGAAGUAGCUGAUUUCAGGGUAGUCGAGCCACGUAUAAAUGAGUUGAAGAAAAGGCGAAACCGUAGUGUUUCUGAGAGUAUGCCUUCUCAAAUGUCCGAUGAAGUGUCUCCACUGCGCCCGUUCAAUUAUACAAGACGAGACGAUUUGCAACGUCCUCAACCUGGUACUAGCGCUCCAAGUAGUUCUUCAUCAUUUCAUCAUUACAGGAAUCGUACGGAAUCCAUAAGUUCUGGAAGACCUAGGUGGUCCUCAUUUCGCAGUAAUAAAUUUAAUAAUAAGGAAGAUUAAGAAAAAAAAUUGGGUUUUCUCUGAAAGGAAGUAUAAUCAUUUAACCAUGUUAAAAUGAAAAAAAAAUUUUUGACUAAUAAAAAAAUUAAAUGUAUGUAUAGUUUUUUCAAGGUAAGGUUUGGCUGUAGUUAAUCAGUUUGUAUAAAAUGUUUCUAAAAUACGCAAGCUUAGGGAGGAAAAAAAUUUGAUUGAGUGCCAUUCUUUCAAUAAUUGGCUCGUAAUAUAAUUGAUAUUUUUAUAUAAGACUAUUGUAUAAUCAAUUUCUAGCACGUGAAAUUGUUUAGACUUAAUAUAUUGAAUAAGUUUAGUCAUGUUAAUAGGGUCCCAAAUGAUCUUGGUAAUCGAUUUCUUAAGUGUUUCUUUCUUUAUAAUAUUGUCUAGAUCCUAGAUGUGGAAUUUUUGCUCAUUUGCUAUCAUAUUCAUCAUGGUGUGUAAUGCUUUCACGACUUGUUUAAUUUUAUAUUUCAAUGUGCGACUAGUGACGUAGUUUCAUAGAAUUAUUCGGUUGAAGCAACAACAAAUCUUGUGGAGUUCAUUCAUUACCAUGAUCUACUAGUACAAUAAUGUUUAAAAAAAUAUUCAAAUUUUAUUUUAAAACAAAAAAAAACUUAAAUUUAAGCUCGUGAUAGAAUGUGAAGCAGUUUGCUGUCUGUCAAAAAUGAUCUCAUUUUUUUCUUUCACUACAUCCCUUUACUAUUUUCAAAAUUGAUUCACAUGUGCCUUCUUUUCUAAUCACACACACAGUAACAUUUUACAAGAAAUGAGAUCGCGUUUCUCUAAACGAAUCAUAUAUUGCAAUUAACAUUUGUCUGAGUUCUUAUCAGCAUUUGAAUAUUUCUGUUGGCCAUCAACGAUGAAUUUUUUUUAAUUCUUACAGCAUUUAUCUUCAUAGAUUUGCUUCAUAUUUUAAUUUUAAGAUUGGUUAUUUAAUAUGUGAAGACGAUGUGUUGUUAAUUAUUUUGUUCUGUUGUUUAAUAACUUGAAGUUAAAUUUUACCAUAUUUAGAAUUAAGCAGCACCAUUCAUUUUUGUUUCAAAAGUAUGGUCAGUAAAUUGUCUUCCAGUGACACCAAAAAAAGGAAUAAAAGAAGUCUGAAACCACCA